GACUAAAUUUAAUGAAAAGAAAAUAUUAGGGUUAAAUUUAGGUAAGUGGGCAUACUUGAGGGACCAAAAUUGAUAUUUACCUCUGAAUAUAUUUUCUUAUUGUUCCAUUGCACAUGCAAAUCAAGAAAUCCCAUGGCAUGCACUGGCCUCCUGGGAUUUGCUACUCCACCAUUACAUGCUUACAGAAAAUCAAAGCCGCAGAAAAACCACGUCUCUCCUUCUUGUUGCUCCACUUCCAGUUCCACUAACGAGCAAGAAACUGUUCGGAAAUUUACCUAUUCUAGAGCUUCACCAUCUGUAAGGUGGCCGCACUUGAAAUUCAAUGAACAACAACACAGUUCGCAGCAUAAAAUGCUGUAUCAUGAGGUUCAGGAUGAAAUUGAAGCGCACAGUGAAGAGGAGUCCGUGAAUGCAAAUGUAAAUCAUGACGAAGUCGACGUGUUUGAUGAAAAGCUUAGCAGAAAUAAAGUCAAGAAAAUGAACAAAUUGGCGUUGAAGAGGGCCAAGGAUUGGAGAAAGAGGGUGCAGUUCUUGACGGACAGAAUUUUGGAGUUGAAAUCCGAGGAGUUUGUGGCUGAUGUUUUGGAUGAGAAGAUGGUGCAGAUGACUCCAACUGAUUUUUGCUUUGUUGUGAAAUGGGUUGGUCAGUCUAGUUGGCAAAGGGCCUUAGAGGUUUAUGAGUGGUUGAAUCUUCGCCAUUGGUAUGCCCCCAAUGCAAGAAUGCUGGCUACUAUUUUGGCUGUGCUUGGAAAAUCCAAUCAAGAAGCUUUGGCUGUUGAAAUUUUUACUCGGGCUGAGCCAGCUGUUGGUAAUACUGUCCAAGUGUAUAACGCAAUGAUGGGUGUGUAUGCUAGGAAUGGCCGGUUUUGCAAAGUUCAGGAGUUGCUUGAUUUGAUGCGUCAGCGUGGGUGUGCGCCAGACCUGGUCAGUUUUAAUACAUUGAUAAAUGCUACACUGAAAUCGGGUCCCAUGACUCUGAAUUUGGGAAUUGAACUCCUAAGUGAAGUGAGGAGAUCAGGGAUUCGUCCUGACAUAAUUACUUAUAACACUCUUAUCAGUGGUUGUUCACGUGAAUCCAAUUUGGAGGAGGCUGUAAAAGUGUUCCAUGACAUGGAGGCUCAUAAAUGUCAACCAGAUCUAUGGACUUAUAAUGCCAUGAUUUCAGUAUAUGGAAGAUGUGGACUCUCUAGUGAGGCAGAACAACUCUUUAAGGAGUUGGGUUCAAAGGGUUUCUUUCCAGAUGCAGUUACAUACAAUUCUUUACUUUAUGCAUUUGCAAGGGAAGGGAAUGUUGACAAGGUGAAAGAAAUCUGUGAAGAAAUGGUGGAGAUGGGGUUUACAAAGGAUGAGAUGACUUAUAAUACCAUUAUCUACAUGUAUGGGAAGCAAGGCAAGCAUGACCUUGCUUUGCAAAUUUACAGAGACAUGAAAUCAUCUGGUCGAAAUCCUGAUGCUGUUACAUAUACUGUUCUUAUCGAUUCACUGGGGAAAGCAAAUAAGAUGACAGAGGCUGCAAAUGUGAUGUCAGAGAUGCUAAAUACUGGUAUAAGACCCACUUUGCGUACAUACAGUGCUUUAAUAUGUGGCUAUGCAAAAGCUGGACAACGAGUGGAGGCUGAAGAGAUGUUUGAUUGCAUGCUGCGGUCUGGAAUUAAACCAGACAAUCUCGCAUAUUCAGUCAUGUUGGAUGUGCAUUUAAGGUCAAAUAACACAAGGAAGGCAAUGCUGUUGUACCAGGAAAUGAUUUGUGAUGGUUUUGUACCGGAUUGUGCCCUCUAUGAAGCACUGCUCCGAGUGGUGGGUGUGGAGAACAAUGAAAAGUUUAUCCAGAGAGUGGUGGAGGAUCUUGAAGAACUUCAUGGCUUGAGCCUGGAGAUGAUAUGUUGUGUACUUACAAAAGGUGGAUGCUAUGAUUUUGCAGCAAAAAAGUUGAGACUCGUGGUUAUGCAGGGUUCUAGUUUUGACCAAGAGAACUUACUUUCAAUUUUGACUUCAUAUAGUUCAUCUGGACGACAUCAUGAAGCGAUUGAACUGCUAAAAUUUUUACAGGAGCAUGCAUCUGGGUUCCAGCGGUUUAUAGCUGAAGCUCUAGUUGUUAUUCAUUGCAAAGCUUGCCAGUUAGAUACUGCUUUAGAUGAAUACUACAAAAACAGUGACCUACAUGUUUAUGGUGGUAGCUCUGCCAUGUACGAGGCCCUCAUCAAGUCCUGCGCGGAGAAUGAAUGGCUUUCCGAAGCUUCGCAAAUAUUUUCAGAUAUGAAAUUCCAUGGGGUUGAACCAUCUCUGGACAUAUAUCAGACAAUAGCACUUAUAUAUUGCAAAAUGGAUCUACCUGAGACGGCUCAUCAUUUGAUUGUUCAGGCCGAAGUAAAAGGCCUUCCUCUUCAUGAUACAUCAAUUUGUACCAGCCUUGUCGAAGCUUAUGGAAAGCUGAAGCAACUGGAGAAAGCAGAAAGUGUUGUGGGAAGCCUGCGGCAGAGGUGCAGAAUGGUGGACCGUAAAGUUUGGAACUCAUUGAUUCAAGCUUAUGCUGCAAGUGGUUGUUAUGAGAAAGCAAGAGCUGCUUUCAGUACAAUGAUGAGAGAUGGGCCUUCCCCAACUGUUGAAACUAUGAACUGUCUAUUGCAAGCAUUGAUUGUUGAUGGAAGGUUAAAUGAACUGUACGUUGUGAUUCAGGAUCUACAAGAUAUGGGUUUCAAAAUUAGUAAGAGCUCUAUUGUUUUGAUGCUGGAAGCAUUUGCGCAGUCCGGCAAUAUAUUUGAAGUGAAGAAAAUAUACCAUGGGAUGAAAGCUGCAGGAUAUCUUCCUACCAUGCAUCUCUACAGGGUUAUGAUCGGAUUGCUGUCCAGGGCAAAACAGGUGAGGGAUGUCGAAGGCAUGAUUUCUGAGAUGGAGGAAGCAGGAUUCACCCCUGAUCUUUCUAUAUAUAAUUGCUUGCUUAAGUUGUACACAAAGAUAGAGGAUUAUAAGAAGACAGUCCAAGUUUACCAGCAAAUUCAAGAAUCUGGACUUAAACCAGAUGAUGAAACUUACAAUAAUUUAAUCCUAAUGUAUUGUAGAGAUUGUAGGCCUGAAGAAGCGGUCUUGUUAAUGUCUAAAAUGAAAAGGCUUGGUCUAAACCCUCAGUUAGAUAUCUAUAAAAGCCUGAUGGCGGCAUUCUGUAAAAAGCUGAUGGUAGAGCAAGCUGAAGAACUUUUUGAUGGCCUAAAGUCAGAAGGACAAAAGCCAGACCGGUCCUUCUAUCAUUUGAUGAUGAAGAUGUAUAGAAGGUCUGGGAACCAUACUAAAGCGGAAGAACUGCUUGUUACAAUGAAAGAAUCAGGAGUUGAACCCACCAUCGCUACAAUGCACCUGCUUAUGACCUCUUAUGGCAGCUCAGGCCAUCCAGUGGAAGCUGAAAAAGUGCUUAAUAAUUUAAAAUCUACCUGUCCAAACCUAAGUACAUUACCAUACAGUACAGUCAUUGAUGCUUAUCUCAAGAAUGGUGAUCUUGAUGUUGGCAUCCGGAAGCUCAUGGAGAUGAGAAAAGAAGGCUUGGAUCCAGACCACAGGAUCUGGACUUGUUUUAUUAGGGCUGCAAGUCUCUGCCAAAGUUUGAGUGAAGCCAUGAUGCUAUUAAAUGCAAUUGGAGAUGCUGGUUUCUGUAUUCCGAUAAGGCUUUUAACAGAAAAUUCUGUGUCGUUGCUGUCGGAGAUAGACUGCUAUCUCAAGAAACUAGAACCUGUAGAAGAUCAUGCAGCAUUUAACUUUGUUAAUGCUUUGGAAGAUAUGCUGUGGGCUUUUGAACGCAGGGCAACUGCCACAUGCAUUUUCCAACUGGCAAUUAAGAGAAACAUUUAUCAUCAGAAUGUUUUCAGGGUGGCCGACAAGGAUUGGGGAGCCGACUUUAGAAAGUUAUCUGCUGGCGCCGCUCUUGUUGGACUGACCUUAUGGCUUGACCACAUGCAGGAUGCAUCAUUGGAAGGUUUUCCUGAAUCCCCAAAGUCGGUAGUGCUGAUUACUGGUACAGCCGAGUACAAUAAGGUUUGUUUGAACAGCACGCUCAAGGCAUUUCUUUGGGAGAUGGGGUCUCCAUUUUUACCCUGUAAAACCCGGAGUGGGAUCCUUGUUGCAAAAGCUCAUUCCUUGAGAUUGUGGUUGAAGGACUCUCCAUUUUGCUUGGACCUUGAGUUAAAAGAUAGCCCUAUUCUUCCUGAGACUAAUUCGAUGCAGCUGAUUGAAGGAUGCUAUAUUAGACGAGGCCUCGUUCCUGCUUUCAACGACAUAAGGGAUAGGCUUGGUCAAGUAACACCUAGAAAGUUUGCAAGACUUGCAUUACUCUCAGACGAGAAACGAGAUAGAGUUAUACGAGCUGACAUAGAAGGUAGAAGAGAGAAGUUAGCCAAGCUGGAGAAAACUGCGGCUAUGAGAAAGAAAGAUGAGCAGCUUGUGCAAGCAAAGGCUCAGUUGAAGGGAGAUUAAAGAAAAAAAAGUGAGCAAGUGGUGAAUGAGUAUGUAAUGGAAAAACAGGUAAAGUUUGUGUUGCUUGUACAGUUUAUACAACAGUAAUGAGGAACAACUUCAAAUGGUCUCAUCUGUAAGUUGUAGAAAUUAAUUAUUUUAAUGUUAUAAGUUUCCUUGAUGCGGCU